AUGGCCGCAGGCUUCGUCCAAGCCGGUCUCAUCUGGCUGGCUUACGCAGUUGUCGUUUUGCUAUGUCUCGGCGCCGCGAUCAUCACGACCUUCACAUGGCAGACUCCCAUCGACCGUUCGGCCAUGGUGAGCAUCGUCGCCAUCGUCAGUCUCACAUCUCUUCUCGCGACUGUCUUGCUUCUUCCUGUCGAUAUCGCUCUCGUCUCGUCUACCGGAUCCUCAGCUCUAGGCGUCAAGAAGGAUUGGGCCACGCCAAAGCGAGUCGCAGAUAUUCUCUUGACUCUCAAAGUCGUGUACUAUUCGCUUUACAGCUUCGAUGCCCUGCUGUGCCUCUUGGUCAUUCCCUUUGCGUAUUUCUGGUAUGAGGAAUACGAUGAGGUCGCCUUUGAGGAGGAGGGCCGGACAUGGAAGAGCCGGUUUUGGGCCGCCUCCAAGUAUACACUGUUUUUCGUUGCUCUCACCGUCGUGCUCUUCCUUCUGGGAUUCUUUGUCCCUGCAGCCGGUGGCAACAAGGGCCAUUGGGAUCUGGACUACUACAAGUCGCUACUGUCUCAGAACCAUGGCGAAAAGGCUCUUACCUUUGCCCUUGGCCUUUUGGUGACGCUCGGAACGUUCCUCUACGUCGUUUAUACCAGCGCUGGGCUUGCUCUUCUGCCCAUAUCCUUCAUCAAAUCUGCUCCCCCAAUCUCGGCUCCCCAGCUCUCAGCAACGACAGCUUCUCAGCUGGAACAAAACCGAGAGCGCCAGCACCAGCUUGAACUACGCAAUGCCGGCCGUGAAGAGGGCAUGUCUCGAAAGGAUAGACGGGAACUAGAUGCUCUAAUCAGGGAGGAGCAAACUCUAGUCCGGCGUGAGCGCCUCGCCGCUGAGGCCCAAGGCGAGGGUAAGAGCCGAGUCUAUCAGAUUUGGCUCAAGCUAUGUGCGCUGUUCAGACCAGUCAAGAUGCUUGGCGGGAUCCUGCUGCUGAUAUUUGCCGUCGUCAUUUGGGUGUCCAUGUUCAUCACAGGCAUCGAUAAGGCAAAGCAUUCCGUCUGCAAGCAAGGAUGUGGAUACAUUCUCGGUCGAGUUCACGUUUUCCAGCCGAUGAAUUGGAUAUUCUUGCAGGCGGCGAAAGCUUUCCCCGUCGACUACGUUUUGAUGACUUUGCUGGUCCUCCUUCUCUUUAGCAGUUCCAUUUCCGGUAUUGCCGUCGUUGGAAUACGCUUCCUCUGGAUUCGCAUCUUCCAGAUUCGCAGAGGUCGAACAGCCCCGCAAGCCCUUCUCAUCGCAACGGUCAUGCUGUCACUCAUCACUUUGGCCAUCAAUUACGCGGUCGCCAUGUUUGUAGCUCCUCAGUAUUCAUUUUACGGGACGCAAACAUUUUGUACGAAUGAGCCCGCAUAUCCCGGUGCUCAACCGGACUGCAGACACCACCCUGAGUUGGUUCGCCCUUGCUCUGAUGACCUUGAGUACAAGCACGCCAAAGAUGUUUGUACUCCAUCUAUGAUGUCGACUCUCCUGAAUCGUAUCACCAUCACAUGGCCACUAUUCGGCAUUAUUGAUUUCUGGGCUCAAUACUUCUUCAUGGGUGUAUUCUUCAUUGUCUUUAUUACGGCGCUGGUACGUGCCCCAAGAGUCAACGUCGCCGAAAUUGAUGAGUUUGCCGAGGCCGAUGAAGAGGAAAGCCUGCUAGCCUCAACCAGCCGUCGCUUCGAUGCGACUUGGCAAGAUGUCAGGGGCCAACCGAGGGGGACAAGGAACGGGCCCCAGCUGAUUCGAGGCUCGCGGCCACAAAUUGGUUAA